AUGGAUCCAACGAAUGAUCCUAACUUUACUCCUCCUUCAUUAGCCAAGAAUAUCAUUCCUCCUGCUCCUUCUUCAAGGAUCCCCAGUCAUAUCCCUAUCGAACCUUUUGUUUUAGCUGAUUUAGGUAACGCCAUGGAUGCUCCAACUCCUCAUCCAAGUAAAAAUUCUAAAUUAGAUGAUCAUAAUGAUGAUUAUCAUUCAAAAAUCCCUCGAAAACAUAGUGAUCUUGUUAAUUCUUCUUCCGAUGAAGAUAUAAAUACCAGUAAUACUAGUGCUGGUAGUAAUCUUAAUAAUAAUAAUAAUAAUACUAAUACUACUAAUAGUAAUACAUGUUCAGCCACACCAGAUCAACCUCUUAGUGUUAAUAUUACCAGAAAUAAUAGUAGUAAUUUAAUACUACCACCAACCAUUCAAGUUAAAUCAUCUCAAAUUGCUGAUUUAGAAGAAGUUCCUCAUGGUAUUCAAAGACAAGCUAGACAUAUCGAUAAUUAUACAUUUCCAUCUCAUAGAUUGGCUACUUCAUUACUGGAUGAAACUAAAUAUCCUUUGGUGAUUGUUGCUUGUGGAUCAUUUUCUCCUAUAACUUAUUUACAUUUAAGAAUGUUUGAAAUGGCUCUUGAUGCAAUUUCAGAACAAACUAAAUUUGAAGUGAUUGGUGGAUAUUAUUCUCCAGUAUCAUCAAAUUAUAAAAAACAAGGGUUGGCUCCUGCUCAUCAUAGAGUUAGAAUGUGUGAAUUGGCGUGUGAAAGAACUUCAAGUUGGUUAAUGGUUGAUGCUUGGGAAUCAUUACAACCCAAAUAUACUAGAACUGCUUUAGUUCUUGAUCAUUUUAAUGAAGAGAUUAAUAUUAAAAGAGGUGGAAUUAUAAAUAAAUUAACUGGUGAACGUAGAGCAGUUAAAAUCAUGUUAUUAGCCGGUGGAGAUUUAAUUGAAUCAAUGGGUGAACCUGAUGUUUGGGAAGAUGUUGAUUUACAUCAUAUUUUAGGUAGAUAUGGAUGUCUUAUUGUCGAAAGAACAGGUUCAGAUGUUAGAAGUUUCUUAUUAAGUCAUGAUAUAAUGUAUGAACAUCGAAGAAAUGUCUUGGUGAUUAAACAAUUGAUUUAUAAUGAUAUUUCAUCAACCAAAAUAAGAUUAUUCAUUAGAAGAGGGAUGUCAGUUCAAUAUUUAUUACCAAAUUCGGUUAUAAGGUAUAUUCAACAACAUAAAUUAUAUUAUGAUUCUGAACCUGUUAAACAAGUUAUGUCUGAUAAAGCCGAUUAA